GUGUGUGUCUGUCUGUGUGUCUGUGUGUGUGUGUCUGUCUGUGUGUCUGUGUGUGUGUAUUAAAAUGUGAAAUCUAUAUUUUAAUUAAAUCAAAAGUUACGGGGCGUUUAAUUUAAUUCUAGUUAACAACAAUGUAAAAAAGAAACGGAUUAUUUUAUUUUAUUCUGACCUGCGAAUAAUCACUUGAUCACCAGUUAUCAAUAAUAUUUAUUUCAGCUACAUCAUUGCCCCACUGUCAUUAUUAUUAUUAUUAUUAUUAUUAUUAUUAUUAUUAUUAUUAUUAUUAUUAUUAUUGUUGUUGUAGUGUUAUGAAGUUAUAAAAUAAACAGUUUUCAUCAUUAGGAGUGUAAAGUUUUUUAGAUUCUUUCAAAACAAAUCACUGACAAUAAGAAAUAAUAGAAAGAUAUUAACUUUACCCCAUACUGAUCACAUAUACUGUGUGUGUGUCUGUCUGUGUGUGUGUGUGUGUGUCUGUCUGUGUGUGUGUGUGUGUGUGUGUGUGUGUGUGUGUGUAUGUGUGUGUGUGUGUGUGUGUGUGCGUGCGCGCGCAGAUCAGCUCAUUGUGUUACGAUGUCGAGUCGAGGAGGGAAGAAGAAGUUGACAAAGACUUCUCGCUCAGUGAGAGCAGGAGUGAUUUUCCCAGUGGGCCGAAUGCUGAGGUACAUCAAACACAACCUCCCCAAGUACCGCAUCGGGGUCGGUGCUCCUGUUUACCUCGCUGCAGUGCUGGAGUAUCUCACAGCUGAAAUUUUGGAGUUGGCAGGUAACGCAGCUCGUGACAAUAAGAAAGGUCGAGUGACUCCACGUCACAUCCUGCUGGCCAUCGCUAAUGAUGAGGAGCUCAAUCAGUUGCUGAAAAGUGUGACAAUCGCUGCAGGAGGAGUUUUACCCAACAUCCACCCUGAGCUGCUCGCCAAAAAGCGAGGCUCUAAAGGUAAAUUGGAGGUUGUGGCGUCACCUCCACCUGCCAGGAGAAAAACUAACAAAAAAACACCAACUGCCAGAAAACCCCCCAGCAAAAAGUCCCCCAGAUUGAAGAGACGUGAUGGCAGUAAAGCAGUCAGUGCAGACAGCACCACCGACUGUCCCUCUGAGGGCUUCACUGUUCUGUCGUCUAAGAGCCUCUUCCUGGGACAGAAGCUUCAAGUCGUACAAGCUGAUAUUUCCUCCAUCAACAGUGAUGCUGUCGUUCAUCCCACCAACUCCACCUUCCACACAGGUGGAGAAGUAGGGAAUGCGCUGGAGAAGAAGGCAGGAAAGGAGUUUGGUGAAGCCGUGUUGGAGCUGCGCAAGAAGAACGGCCCUCUGGAGGUGGCUGGAGCGGCAAUGACGUCGGGUUACGGGCUUCCAGCAAAGUUUGUGAUCCACUGUAACAGUCCUGGCUGGGGCUCGGAUAAGUGCGAUGAGCUGCUGGAUAAAACCGUGAAGAACUGCCUUGCUCUGGCUGAUGAAAAGAAGCUCAAAUCUGUGGCGUUUCCCUCCAUUGGCAGUGGCAGGAACAAUUUUCCGAAGCAGACGGCUGCUCAGCUGAUCCUGAAAGCUAUCAACAGCUACUUCACCUCCACCAUGUCGUCCUCUAUCAAGACAAUCUAUUUCGUCUUGUUCGACAGUGAGAGCAUCGGCAUCUACGUCCAGGAAAUGGCCAAACUGGACACCAAAUAAAUUUAUAUCCAUUUGUUUUUAUACACAGGUCUCCACAUCAGAGUGGCAGGUAUACUGAUGUCAUGUGAUCUCUCCAAGCUGAAACAUGUUCAGUUCUUUCUGGUUGUAAACAUUUUUAAAACAAAAAUGCAGAUAGAAUAAAAUUCCUGAUGUUUUCCUGCACCACUGAAUUAAAUGUCAUGCUGAUUGUUUCACAGGAAAAUGUAAUGAAUGACUUUUACUUUGUGUGUGUGGAGCUCCCUCUCUGCUGAUUUGUCUGUUAGAUAAUUAAUGACUUAUUAGAUAAUUAAACCUGCCGAAUGAGUAUAAAUCACUACCAUUAUUUUACACACAUUAUAAUACGGCAGUCAUGACUUUAUUUGGGACGUUUAGAUGUUUACUGAGUUUCUUUUAUGUUGAGAUGAUGGAGGAGUGUGUUUGUGUUUUCAUAUCUCUGUACACAUUAUCUCUCUCUGUCUCCCUCACACACACACACACACACACACACACACACACACACACACAAAUGAAUGAAACACUUGCGAUCUUCUGAUUUGUGCACAAUUCUUAACAAAUAAACAAGUUAUUUCUUCUGCAAUAUUAGAAACCUUUAAAAAAUUUUUAAUUGUUUACAUUCAUAUUAUUUUUAUUCUGAUUUACCAAAACACACACACAUGAAGACUGUGCAACAAAAGGUAAGGAGAGUAAUACAUGUGGUCUAAAGCAGUGUGUGGGGGGUUGGGGGGGGGUGUAGAUGGUACAUUUUGGUGGGCAUUUGUAAAGUGUGUGAUACACAAUUUUGUGUCAGUGACAAAGAAACAUCUUUAAUUCUCCUUUCUGAUCCUGUCCCUGACGUGAUCACUCACAUGUAUAACUGUAAAAUACAUAAACAUGUUAUGUGACAGAUGGUUUAAUAAAAUCUCACCCUGUGAUUAACAUCCA